AUGUCCGUCCUGCUGGAGACCACCGUUGGCGACAUCGUCAUUGAUCUGCUGGUGGACCACUCGCCAAAGCUGUGCGAAAACUUCCUCAAGCUCUGCAAGGUCAAAUACUACAACUUCUCGCCCAUCCACUCCGUCCAAAAGAACUUCUCCUUUCAGACCGGCGAUCCCCUCGGCCCGCUGGCCAAGCAAUCCGAUGGCGGCUGCUCAAUAUGGGGCCACCUGUCGGGCGAUCCCUCACGGCGCACCUUUACGGCGCCCUUCCACCCCAAGCUGAAGCAUCUCGAGCGCGGCACCGUCAGCAUGGCGACCGUGCCGCUGGCCUCGGACCCGGACACGCGCGUGGCGGCGUCGCAGUUCAUCAUCACCCUGGGCGAAGAGACGGACUUUCUCGACAGCAAGGCUGCCGUGUUUGGCAAGGUUGUCGAGGGCUUUGACUCGCUGGAGAAGAUCAACGAGGCCAUGGUGGACGACAGGGGCUAUCCGUUUGUCGAUAUUCGCAUCAAGCACACCGUCAUCCUGGACGAUCCCUAUCCUGACCCUCCCGGCCUCAGGGAGCCCAGCUCGAGCCCUCCGCCGUCAGAUGAGCAGCUGAGGACGGUGCGGAUCGCCAAUGAACAAGAACUGCACGAAAACGACGACGUGGAUGAGGAGGAGCUGGAGAAGAGAAGGCGGGAGAGAGAGGCCAGGGCGCAGGCCUUGACGCUGGAGCUCAUGGGCGAUCUUCCCUUUGCGGAGGUGAAGCCGCCGGAAAACGUCUUGUUCGUCUGCAAACUGAAUCCAGUCACGCAAGACGAAGACCUGGAGCUCAUCUUUGGCCGCUUUGGCAAGAUUCUGAGCUGCGAGGUGAUUCGAGACCAAAAGACGGGCGACAGCUUACAGUAUGCUUUUAUCGAAUACGAAGACAAGGCAUCGUGCGAAGCGGCAUAUUCUAAAAUGCAAGAUGUUCUCAUUGAUGACCGGCGAAUCCAUGUCGACUUUUCACAGAGCGUCAGCAAGCUUAGCGAUGUAUGGAGAUCAGACACAAACAGCAAACGCAGAGCGAGGGCUCGAGGAGGCUGGGGUGGAGUACAAGAGCUUGAGAAGCGACGGCAGUAUCGAGAAGAGGAUGAAAAGAGGUCUGGAAAGGACUAUAACAUGGUAUAUAGCAAGGAGGAGAUGAAGGGAAGACAUGAUCAAAGGUCGAAGCCCCGAAGAGACGAUGACAAG